GCCCUGGCCCUGCUAAGUACGGGUACUAGCUGCGUAUGGCAUGCACAUAGGCAUCGUUGCUCGCACAAUAUGUCUGCCCCAUGUUGCCUGACUGACUUUUGUUGGUGGUUGAGAAAAAGGCAGGGUGACCAAGAAGAUUGAUGAACAUGAUGGAGAACCAAGAGGAAGCAUGCAUGAAAUUCUUAGAAAAAUGGCUGGAAUGUAAAUCUCUAGGUGGUCAGUUCCACAGCUACUAUGUAUACGGGGAAAGAAGAGACUGCACUCAACUCAAAGAAAAUUACGAUCUCUGUCUGAAGAGGGACUCGUGCCCUGAGGCAAAGAAUUCUCUGGAGGAAAGAGAAGCAAACCUUGCUAGAGAGAACUCUUGUUUGUGGGAAUUGAGAUCCCAUCCUCCCAAAGACUGGCCUAAGCCCGGAUCUAGCGUUCAUCUGAAGUCCUCUGCAGAACAGAUACGCAUCACUAGUUGUCAAUAGAGGUCAACUUUCAUAGACAGUGCCUUCCAAAAGCUAGUGUAAUAAAGCU